AAAAUAUUUACACGAAAAAUGCUCUUUUAAAAAGUGCUCCAAAUUCACUGAAACUGAAACACAUCGAUCAUGUUCUAUUUACCUAAGGCGUUUAAAAUUAUCUGUGAAAAUGCCGGACAACACGUAACUAAUUUAAGUUCAACAGCCAACAGCAACCAUGUAAAAGUGACCGUCGUCGGAGCCGCAGGUAAAAUUGGAAGAGCUCUAGCGCUCAUGCUAAAGCAAUCCAUUCUAAUAGACGAACUGAGCCUGUACGACUUAAAAAACACAGCAGGCAUAGCAGCUGAAUUGAAUUGCAUUGAUACCACUUGCAAAGUUACCGGUUUAUGGGGGAGAAACCGUCUCGAAGACGCUCUAAAGGACUCGAAUUUAGUUGUAUCGUUGGCAUCGUCCCACAAAGAAGUCAGUUCCUCCAGCAACUGGUACCCUAACGCGAAAAUAAUCGAUGAAAUAGUCGAUAAAAUGCGCUUGUGCGCACCAACGGCCUGGCUGGCGAUCGGUACAAGUCCUAUCAACAGUACCGUACCAUUGGCGUGCAGAUUAUUAAAAAAGAAAGGAAUAUAUAAUCCGAACGGCGUGUUCGGCGUAACAACUUUAGACAUUGUCAGAGCGAAUACGUUCGCCGCUCAAGUACUGAACGUCGAUCCGGAAUCCAUACUAGUACCGGUAAUCGGUGGGGCUAGUAAAAAAACCGCGGUACCGAUCCUCAGCCACAUGAAACCGGCUUUUUAUAUACCCGAUGACGAAGCGAAAAAAAUAGCGACGGACGUGCAGUGCGCCCGGGACGCGCUCCAAUCGAGCGAGACGCCGCUGGCGAGCGCUUUCGCCUUCGCCCGCUUCAUCGUAUCGCUGGCGAAGGCGCUGAAGGGCUACAAGAACGUGGUCGAAACGGCCUACGUCCCUUCGGACGAGCACCCCGACGUGGAGUACCUGGCGACGCCGCUGUUGCUGAAGGAGGACGGCGUCGCCAAGAACCUGGGGGUGCCCGAAUUGACGGAGGCCGAGUACGAGAUGCUGGAUAGCGCGGUGGACCAAUUGGAUAGGGACGUUCGGGCCGGCGAGAAGAUGGCGCGCGCGAUGUAAAGCAGGGAGGUUCAAUGAAAUUUUUGUAAGUAAUAAAUAAAUAUGUAUAUUAUC